GGGAGGGACGGAGCCGCGACGGGACGCGCCAUGCGCUCCUGAGCUGGGCCGUGCCCGCCGCCCCGCGCCGCCCGCCCGCCCAGCAUGGCCCCCUGGCUCUGGCCGUGCCUCCUGGCCGCCCAGGCCCUGGCCGCCAACUUCCCCCCCAGGUACAGCCUCUACACCGGGGGGGCCGCCCCGCUCAGCCCGGCGCAGGCCACGGCCCCGCAGGGCCCCGCCGCGGCCCACAGCGGUGCCCGGGCCGCCAGCCGGCACAGGAACUGGUGCGCCUACGUGGUGACGCGCAGCGUGAGCUGCGUGGUGGAGGACGGCGUCGAGAGCUUCGUCAAGCCCGACUACCAGCCCUGCGGCUGGGGGCAGCUGCAGUGCCCCCGCGUCCUGACGUACCGCAGCUUCCUGCGACCCCGCUACAAGGUGGCCCACAAGACGGUGUCGGACCUGGAGUGGCGGUGCUGCCAGGGCUACUCGGGUGAGGACUGCUCCGAGGGGCCGGCGCCGGGGCCACCCCUCACCACCACCCGCCCGCGGCCCCGGCCCGGCCGCCCCACGCUCUCUGGCUUUGGCAACCCGCUCAGCGGCCUGGGGGGGGAAGGCAGCGCCGGGGGGGGCCGGGGCAGCACCGCCCCGCGGAGCCCGGAGCCCGCUGGCGGUGGGGAGGCGGAGAAGGUGCAGCAGCUGGAGGAGAAGGUGCGGCGGCUGAGCAAGCAGCUGGAGGAGCUGCAGGCCUCGGUGCAGGCGGGCCAGGAGAAGCUGCUGCAGGACCUGCGUAAGGUGGCCGAGGGCAGCCCAAACGGCAAGCACCCACCCGCCGACGCCGCGCCCCCCGACGUGCGGGAGACGCUCAGCCACAUCCAGCAGCACCUGGAGCGCCUGGACGACCGCAUCCGCAGCCAGGAGCUGGAGCGGGAGCGGGAUGGCUUCGGGGGGAGCCCGGCCCCGGAGGGGGGCCUGGCGGGGGCCGCGCUGCUGCACGAGCUGGAGCAGCGGGUGCAGGAUUCCUGCAGCGCCUGCCUGGCCGGCACCGAGGGGCUGCGGCGGCAGCAGGCGGAGGACCGGGAGCGCAUGAGGGCGCUGGAGAAGCUGGUGAGCUCGGUGGACCAGCGCAACCGGGAGGCGGUGGAGACUGUGCAGCGGCACGUCAGCAGCCUGAGCACCCGCCUGGCCCCCGCCGCGCCGCCCGACGAGCUGCGCCGGCGCGUGGCCGAGCUGGAGCGGCGGCUGGACGGGCUGGAGGGGUCGCGCGGCACGGUGCUUGGGCCGGGGCCGGGGCCGGUGCUGGCCCGGCGGCUGUCAGAGCUGGAGGGGCGGCUGAAUGCCACGCGGGCUGGCCCCGGGCCCCCUGACACCGAGGGGCUGCGGGGCCACAUGGCCAACCUGAGCCGGGCACUGGAGGGGCUGGCGGAGAGCGGGGCGCAGCGCGGCGCCCGCCUGGCUGAGCUGGAGGGGGCGGAGGAGCCGUUGGAGGGGUUCAGCGUCUUCGGAGGCACGACGCCCUGGGAGCUGCAGACGCUGCAGGGCGAGCUGUCGGAGGCGCUGCUCUUCUUCGGCUUGCUCAACACCACGGUGCAGGAGCUGCAGGACGCCGUGGACCAGCACGACGCCAGCCUGCGCGAGCUGGGCGCUGUGAAGGACCGCCUGGCCGCGGAGCUCGACCGAGUGCAGGCGGAGGUCGCCGAGCGCGCAGCCGAGAGCGAGGAGCGGCUGGAGGGGCUGGUGCGGGACCUGGUGCGCGCGGGCCCCGGGGGCUGCCCGGCCGGCCUGGAGCCCAGAGUGGCCAAGCUGGAGGGCGUCUGCGAGCAGCUGGAGGUUGUGUCGGGAGGGCUGCGUGGCGUCCGCGAGGGGCUGGGCCGGCACGUGGCGGGGCUGUGGAACGCCCUGCGGGAGCUGAACGGCACAGCCCGCACCCACAGCGCCCUGCUGGAGAAGGCGAUGCAGCUCCCGAACCGCCUGGGCGCCCUCAACGCCAGCUUCCAGCAGCACCGCGCCGAGAUGCUCAACCUCACGAGCAGGGACCUGACCGGCCCCCCUGGGCCCCCCGGACCUGCGGGCCCCAUGGGGAAGAUGGGCCCCCCUGGCCCCUCUGGGCCUCCUGGCAAGGACGGAGAACAAGGCCCUGUGGGCCCCCCAGGUCUGCAAGGAGAGAGAGGCGCCGUGGGGGAGCCGGGCUCCGUGCCCCACAUCGCCUUCUCGGCCGCCCUGAGCACGCAGCGUGCGGAGCCGGGCACUGUCCCCUUCGACCAGGUCCUGCUCAACGACGGCGGCGCCUACGACCCCGAGACGGGCACCUUCACGGCGCCGGUGAGCGGCCGGUACCUGGUGAGCGUGGUGCUGACGGGGCACAAGGGCGAGAAGCUGGAGGCGGUGCUGUCGCGCUCCAACCAGGGCAUCGCGCGCCUGGACUCGGCCGGGUACCAGCCCGAGGGGCUGGAGAACCAGCCCGUGGCCGAGCACCAGCCCAGCCCCGGCUCGCUGGGCGUCUUCAGCCUCAUCCUGCCGCUGGAGGCGGGCGAGACGCUCUGCGUCGACCUGGUGGCGGGGCGCCUGGCCCACGCGCCCGACGAGCCCCUCACCGUCUUCAGCGGUGCCCUGCUCUACGACGCCGAGGGCCCCUAGUCGCCCUCCCUCACAC